CGGUUGAGCAGUCAAGUAAAAUGUUCGCUAAAACAACGCUUGCCUUGAUCGUCGUAUUGGGCGUGGUCGCCAUUUGUGUGGCGUCACCGUCAAUUUCCAGGAAGGAAAAUGGGGGUGAAUUUGCCGCAAGACCGACAAGACCACCUCGUCCGACACGGACUCCGAGGACAACGAGACCUCCGAGAACCACGACACCCACGACGACGGUCAGACCACCACCGGACGUGAUUCAAACCGAAGGAUGUGGCGGUGUGCUUGAAGGAGGUAGCGGUCAGAUCCAGUACACCAUUGGGGGUGGUCUCCAUUACAAUAACGGGAUCAUUUGCGUUUGGACGAUCCGAUCCCCGGGAACGGGACGAUUGUUCGUCACCCUGGACAGCGACAACUUCCCCAGCGACGACAAUGCCUACAUUUCCCUCCUGAACGUUGGAAAUCAAGCGGUUGUUGGGAAAAGUGGAAAAAUCUUAUCCGGUGACCGCGCCACCCACGAGGUGGAAGGUCAAGUGGCCUACGUUGUCUUCCGCUCGACACUAGGGGGAAGUGAGACCGGAUUUUCGCUCUAUUUCCGGGGCGAUUCGAACUCCGUAGACGAAACGCUGUGGACCGGGGGUAACAAGAGUCACGUCCAUUUCCACCACAAUCGGGCGCAAGGUGUCGCAGAAGAAUUUUCCUAUCCUAACCCUAGAGCGCGCUAUCAACCCAACGAGUUCGGAUCCUGGGUGCUUAAUCCAGAACAGCCAAAGAUGCUGAAUCGCCUGAGCCUUUAUUAUAUUGACUUUGAAGACUUUAGUUGCUACGAUUACAUCAAUAUUCAUCAAGUUGAUGGGGAUUCGGUCAGAUUGUUGGAAAAGAAGUGCAAUACGAACACGUACUUUUCCGGAAGUUUCAAAUACGACACGGUUCGAGAACCCUUCAUCGUAACGUUACAUACAAACUGGUAUAGUGAACGGACCGGAUUUAUUCUGUACUAUUCGAACGAUCGAGAUCGCUGGGGACGUUAAAAUUCUACUUAUCCUCUAAUAUACACACUUCUGUAGCAUUAUCGCCAAAAUAAAAUUAUUUGGAUGAUUAAAUAA